AUAUGCUCUAUGGCUUUUCCCCGCAGUUCUCUCUGACCUGUUUCGACAAUAAAUUUUUUCUCCUAAUAAUCUUCAGUAAAUCUCGAAAAUUUUCAAGUUUUUCUUAUCUGGGUAGUUUUUACAUUUUUCUAAAUUUCUGUACCGGUUUUGGUUGGGUUAGGACAAAAAAGGCUAAUUGAUUGGCUUUUGUACUACGUUUUCACUGUUGAUCUUUGACUACUCUUUAUUAGUAUCAUCUUUUUUGUUUUGAAGGAUUGGUGAUUCCAAGCAAACCCUUUCUGUUUUUUCUUUUUUGAAGCUUGAACAACAAAUGAAAGAUGGGAGCUUGAUUAUUGAGUGUUUAUUAGUGAUAUUAUUAUUACGAUGAUGAUGGUAAAAUGAGGGACUUUUGACCAUAGAAAAAGAAUCAGGAUAAAGCAAAGGGAAAGGAGCAGGGUUUUGAGAUAGAUAUGUGUGAGUUUGUACAAUAAAGAGGAAAAAAAAGAGGGUAUUUUUUCUUGCUUUAUGAUUUGUCCAUGAGAGAAAAAUCGAGUAGUUGUUUCUUAUCUUUUAUGUAUAACCUAGAUGUAAUGUGCCUUUAAGGGUGCUUAUCACUGCAGUGAAUUUAGAGGGUGUUGGGGGAAAAAUCUUUCUUUUUUGGUUCCUUGAGAAUCUGUGUUGUUUUUUUUUUUUUUUGGAAAAGGGAGGGUUUCAAAGAUGCCUAUGUUUCAACCCUCAAAGAGGGAUGGGUUUGUUGUUGCUGGAUUUGAUGGCAGUGGUGAUGGGCAGGUUCUAGAUCUGGAUACUGCUGUUAAAGAUGGGGUUUUGGGUGGUGUUGUUGGUGGUGAAGUCAUUGCUGCUGCUGUUGGUGAGAAAUUGGAUUUGAAGAAAAUGAUUGAAGAGCUUGAUAUACCUGAGAUUCCUUCGGUGUUUAUUUGUCCAAUCUCCCUUGAGCCAAUGCAAGACCCUGUUACCCUUUGUACUGGCCAAACUUAUGAGAGGUCCAACAUUCUCAAAUGGUUCAAUUUGGGGCACUAUACUUGCCCCACUACAAUGCAGGAGCUUUGGGAUGAUUCGAUUACCCCAAAUAGAACCCUUUACCAUUUGAUUUACACUUGGUUUUCGCAGAAGUAUUCACUUAUGAAGAAGAGAUCAGAGGAUGUGCAAGGAAGAGUAAGUGAGCAUCUGGAGGCAUUGAAGAAGGUUAAGGGUCAAGCCAGGAUUCAAGCCUUGAAGGAGCUGAAGCAAGUUGUGGCAGCACAUGCUGCGGCUAGGAAGACGGUGGUUGAUGAAGGUGGGGUUUCUGUAAUUUCAUCCUUGCUAGGCCCAUUUACGUCCCAUGCAGUUGGUUCAGAAGCAAUUGGUAUUCUUGUCAAUUUGGAGCUUGAUUCAGAGUCCAAAACUAAUUUGAUGCAGCCGACAACGAUUUCAUUGAUGGUGGAUAUGCUGAAUGAAGGUUCAGUGGAGACAAGGAUCAAUUGUACGCGAUUGAUGGAGAAGUUGAUGGAGGAGAAGGAAUUUCGGUCAGAAAGCAUCUCCAGCCAUCGGCUGUUGGUUGGUUUAAUGCGCUUACUGAAAGAUAAGAGGCACUCAAAUGGAAUUUUGCCUGGACUUAGCUUCCUCAGAUCUAUAUGCUUGCAUAAACAAGUCAGGAGCUUGAUUGUGAGUAUUGGAGCCGUUUCUCAAUUGGUAGAAUUGUUGCCUGCUUUGGAGCCUGAUUGCUUAGAAUUAGCCCUUUUCAUAUUGGAUACAUUAUCUGCUCUGCCGGAGGGAAAAGUAGCAUUGAAGGAUUGUGCAAACACAAUUCCGAAUAUGGUGAGGCUGCUGAUGAGAGUUUCAGAAAGCUGUACUCAAUAUGCAUUGUCAAUUUUGUGGUCUGUAUGUAAACUUGCUCCUGAGGAAUGCUCCUCAGUUGCUUUAGAAGCAGGUUUAGCAGCAAAGCUGCUUCUCGUGAUUCAGAGUGGUUGCAAUCCUGUCUUGAAGCAAAGGUCUGCAGAGCUCUUGAAGUUAUGUAGCCUAAAUUAUACAGACACCAUCUUUAUUUCAAAGUGCAAGCUCACUAGGACAAUCCAAUGAGAGGAAAAUUUUGCUUGCGAUCUUUCUCAAAGGCUUUUGCUAAUGAAAGCAAGGGAGUAAGAGGGCCUACCCUAUUUGGGUCAACAAAACUUCCAAGAAUGAACCAUCAUUUGAGAUGGGGGUUUGAGGUAUGAAUCAGCUCUCUUGUAUAUAUUUAAGAACUUCAAUUCCAGCAAUUGAUUCAACUUAAACAACACUCAUAAUUUGGACAAGAAAAACACAUAUCUUGCUGCAAUGGAAUUAUGUCAAGUUCUCUUUUCCAAUGCCUUGUCAAAUAAACCCCCCAAAAGAAGAAAUGAUGUAAAAAUGUUUGUGUAAUAGAUUCAUGUUGGGGUA